GGAAAAUAGAGAGAGGACAAAGCAGACCAUCUUGGUGGAUUGUACCUGAGCACUGUCACCAUCUCACACUGAGCGCUACCCCAGCAAGUGAUGAAGUGAUGGAUUCUUUUUGGUGCUAUUGAAGAACAACGUGCAGCGAGGCUGCAACAUUGGAACAUGGAGAACCACACGGCCAAUGUUCACAAUGUCACCCUGUUUGUAAAUAUGACUAGAAUGCCUCUGAACCCUGUGGAAGAACAGGUCGUAACCAUAUUGCUCACAAUCCUCAUCUGUGGAGUUGGGAUUGCCGGGAACAUCAUGGUGGUGCUGGUGGUGCUGCGUACCAAGCACAUGGUGACCCCGACCAACUGCUACCUCGUCAGUCUGGCAGUGGCUGACCUCAUCGUGCUUCUGGCUGCUGGUCUGCCCAACAUCUCCGAUGCGGUAGCCUUCUGGAUAUACGGCUACACGGGAUGCUUGUGUAUCACCUAUCUGCAGUACUUGGGCAUUAAUGUGUCCUCUUGCUCCAUUACUGCAUUCACCAUUGAACGAUACAUUGCCAUUUGUCACUCCAUAAAGGCUCAGUUCUUAUGCACUGUGUCGAGGGCCAAGAGGAUCAUAGCUGGAGUGUGGGUCUUCACAUCCCUCUAUUGCAUUAUGUGGUUCUUUCUGGUAGACACCAAUGAAACCGUCUACACCAAUGGAGUGGUGGUUACCUGUGGCUACCGUGUCUCCAGGAGCCUCUACAUGCCAAUCUACUUCCUGGACUUCACUAUGUUCUAUGUCAUCCCCCUCAUGGUGGCGACCGUGCUGUACAGCCUCAUUGCCAGGAUUCUCUUCAUGAGCCCCUUGCCCCCGCAUCUCAGCGACAAAGCCAAGGCUGGGUCGGUUCACCAAGGUCACUCCAGCAACACGAAGAAGGGCCACAAAGGGGCAGUCUCUGCAAGGAAGCAGAUAACUAAGAUGCUGGCAGUGGUGGUCAUCCUCUUCGCCCUCCUAUGGAUGCCGUACCGCACCCUGGUGGUGGUCAAUUCCAUCAUCGAGCCACCAUACAACAACACGUGGUUCCUGCUCUUCUGCAGAAUGUGCAUCUACGCCAACAGCGCCAUUAACCCCAUCAUUUACAACCUCAUGUCUCAGAAGUUCAGAGCCGCCUUCAAGAGGCUUUGUAAGUGCACCUGGCAACACAAAGAGGAAGUGAAGGAGUACAACGUACCCAUGUAUUACAGCGUGAUAAAGGAUUCCUCCCAUGAGAGCAAUGAGCUGUUCACAGAGCAAGAGGAGGUCAGCGGCCGGACCAUCAAGAGGUUAAAUUCAACCGAUGAUGUUUAAUACAGGUUUUGCAUGUGUGCAUUUACAGUUUAGACACCAGUAGGGAUGUCCCGAGCCACAUUUUUUGGCUUCCGAUCCGAUCCAAUUUUUUUUAUAGUCUUGCCGAUCUGAUACGAUUCAAUCCAAUCAAUUACAUUUUUUUUGGUUUGUUUGUUUUUUCAAUAAACUUACAAACUUGAAUUUGUGGGAUUUAAUAGGGUUAUGAAAAUAGGUCAAAAAUAGGUCAAAACAUUGCUGAAUUUACUUUUUUAUUACACAGCAUGACCAACAACAUUUUUUGGCUUUUGUAACAAACCUCUGUGAGUCAAAUCCCUAAUCCAAUGAAAGUCCAUCCAAUAAAAAAUAAAAUUGGAAAAAAAGGGCAUGCAAAAUAUUUUUAGUAUAGGACUAAUCUAAUUUGACAUGGUUAUAGAUCAAUUUGUGGUGUGAUUUAGUAUAAGAUUUUUUUUUUAAUAUAACAAACUCUCUUAGGGUCCUAUGAAAUCCGUUUUAUUUUCCUAAAUUCCGUUUUUUCCGUUUUCGUUUUUUAGAAUUCAUUUUUUUACCUUUUCCAAUUAUUUUACCAGCAUAGAGUUUGUGCUAUUUUGGUUAGUGAAUAAAAUGCCAAAAUCCUUACAUUUAUUGAUGCAAUGCAUUAUUGGCCCAUUUUGUCCAGUAAUUGAGAAAUGGAUGUAGCUUAUCUAACUUUUCUAAUGGGAUGUCAGCCUCAGAACAUAUUGUUACAAAAUCACAAACUGUAAUGCCCGUGCUUGUGAUUCAGGAAGAUGUAGUCACAGAUUUAAUUCCAAUCUCGUUAUUAAUGUAAGAUGUUUUAAUGACACACUUAUUUCGUUUACACAAUUAGACAAAUGUGACAAAGAGCGCUCAUAUUUGGAAGGCCGGAAUGUGUUGUGUGUGUGUUGAGAAUGGUAAUUGACGGUUAAUGCACGCUGGGUGCAAGAAAAACGUGCUUCUCGUCUUUUUUCACUCAGAACCUGCACGUCGUCAGUGGGAAAUGUAAAAUGGUCCUUACAUCAAAGCAGUAAAACAGUGAAAAUAUACUCAUCUAAUAUACAUGUACUCAUCCAGCCUGAGUCGCUCACACACACAGCUGCACUAGCUAGACUAAGCGAACCCUGCUAGCUUCCAUUCAUGCUCCGUAACAGAGGAGUUUCCAAGGUUUUUGCCGACAUUUCGACAUGUUUAGUAGUGUUUGUGUGGUGCUUAUUGUAAGAAACCAGGUGUCAGGGCGGCACUUCCCGUGCAAGCUCCUGACACCAUGACGCAGCAGUCUGGGCACAGUCAGAUGGGACUAUCGUCGUAGCUACGGAGCCGAAUAUCCAACGUCGAACGUGAAACUAACUUCACCAUGUCUGCAUGUUGGUGUUGUGUUUUCUUCUUCUUGUGGGUGGCACGAGUCGAGUGGCAACCAGCAGAGUUCCGAACGUGAUACGGCAACCGCAUUGGCUCGAUCUCGUGGCAGAAGCCGAUAUUAUCCGAUCUCUACAAAUUCAGCAGCUCGGCAGCCGAUCCCGAUCCUGAAGAUCUGACCGGGACAUCCCUAUACUCAAAUGUACAUUAUAUGUUGUUUUCUGCCAACAGUAAACUGUAUUUUAUUUAGAUCAUUAGAUCAUUCUGAGACAACGUACACUGUCAAAUCAAAGUGACAUUAAUGCAGAAGUGCCUUAAACUUAAAAUUUGCUCCAGUGAGCUGUGAUCCUAAACUGGUCACAUGAUCCAAACAAACAAUGGAACAAAGUAGUACAUAAAAAAACAUGAUGGCUUUGCCCACUUUUUGCAGUCGAUGUGUGACAUUUAUUUGUGUUUAUGUAUUUUAUUGUAAAUAUGUGUGUCAUCACAGCGUAUGUUCAGUGUACGUGCAUGUGCUCAACAGGACGCUGAAUCGUGUUAUCAUGGAAAUGAGUAGGUGCUUUCAAAUGCAAGCUAAUGUAAGCAAUGAUUUGUCCUGAACACAACAAUAAAUGUGUCACUGAAAUAAUAAGAACUGAUAAAUAAUGUUGUCAAGAGCCGGUUAGUGUUGUGUAUAGUGAUAAUGUAAUCCAUGUAUUAGGGUGAAUUGUGUGUGUGUUGCUGAACCACAAGUGGCCUUCAGUUGCUCUGAGUGCUUUAGUGCAGUAACAGACACAGCCCAUUACUACAGCUGUAUAUACUGUAUUUACAAUCACGAGUACUACAUCGAACAGCAACUAACAGCCCAUCAUAUAGUAUUUGUUCAGUCAGUUUAAAUUGUGCAUGCAUUACAUUAUAUUACUGCGUCAACAACCAUACGGUAUAUUUGAAAAAUGAAAGCACAA